GAAUUAGCGGAUCGCUUAGUUUGAGUGUAUAAAGUUUUUUUCUUUUUUCUUAUAUCGUUUCCUCUUCUUUUUUCUUUUUCUUUGUUUAUACACACCCUUUAUAUUUUUAACAAGGAAAAAUGUCUGGAACUGAGAACUACCAAUUACCUAAGCAAGUUCAACUUUUGCCUCAAACUACCCAAUUAAAGGGUUUGAUGACUAUCAUUCGUUCCAAGGAAACACCCCGUUCCGAUUUCAUUUUCUAUGCUGAUCGUAUCAUCCGUCUCUUGGUCGAAGAAGGUUUGAACCACUUGCCCGUUGUCGAGAAGAACGUCUUGACUCCCACUCUUGCUGAAUACAACGGUAUUGCCUUCGAAGGUCGUAUCUGUGGUGUUUCCAUCAUGCGUGCUGGUGAGGCUAUGGAACAAGGUUUGCGUGAGUGCUGCAGAAGCGUGAGAAUCGGUAAGAUUUUGAUUCAACGUGAUGAAGAAACCCAUCAACCCAAGCUCUACUACUCCAAGCUUCCCAAGGAUAUUGCUUCUCGUUAUGUCUUUUUGUUAGAUCCCAUGCUUGCUACUGGUGGAUCUGCCAUGCAAGCUACUCAAGUUUUGCUCGAUAACAAUGUUAAGGAAGACCACAUCAUUUUCUUAAACUUGAUUGGUUCCCCCGAAGGUAUUGACGCUUUCGUUCAACGUUUCCCCAAGGUUAAGAUCGUCAUUGGUGAGCUCGAUGCCUGUCUUAACGAAGAGAAGUAUAUCAUUCCCGGUUGUGGUGAUUUCGGUUGCAGAUACUUCGGUACUGAUUAAAUUAUAUAUAAAAAAAAAAUUAUAUGGGUGUAUAUAAAUAAAUAAAAAAAUUAAAAAUUAGAAAGAUUUUUUUUUUCUUA